AUGGAGAGGAUUAUGAAGGCUCAGGCCUUGAGAGAUAACAGCAUGGCUGGCUACAUGUCUAGCAAGAAGACUAUGGAGAUCAACCCUGACAAUGGCAUUAUGGAAGAACUGAGGAAGAGGGCAGAAGCUGACAAGAAUGACAAGUCAGUAAAGGAUCUUGUGCUGCUUCUCUUUGAGACCGCUCUUUUGACUUCUGGUUUCAGCCUUGAUGAUCCAAACACCUUUGCUGCAAGAAUCCACAGGAUGUUGAAGCUGGGUUUGAGCAUCGAUGAGGAUGAAACUGGUGGGGACGAUGCUGACAUCCCAGCACUGGAAGAGGAUGGUGCCGAGGAAAGUAAGAUGGAAGAAGUCGAUUAA